CUUCAUUUCCUUCAAUUUCUCAUUGAUUAAUCCGAAUUUGUUCAAUGGAUGAGACCCUCAUAGUCCAUGUACAAGAAUCAGAAUCCCAAGAACAGGAGCAAACUCCUCCCCUGCUCAAACCCCAAAAAAAUGGAAAUGGAAAUCAUGAUGUUGAUGAUACUGAUUUAGAUAAAACUCUUCAGAAGUUAGAAUUAUUUCUCACUUUGUUGGGUUUCAAUCAGUCUUCAGUUUUAAGCUUUGUGCUGUCAUGGAUUUUCUUUUUGGUAUUAGGGAUUCUAGUUCCUAUGGUUAUGCUGGAGGUCUCUAAUUGUCAAAAUCCUCAAAUUAAGAGUUUUGAGUUUGAUAUUUUAGUUUCUCAAGCUCUUCUAGCUGCUGCAUCUUUGCUUUGCCUUUCACAUAACCUUCGAAAGUACGGAAUACGCAAGUUCCUCUUUGUCGAUCGCUACAGCGGACAUAUCGAGCGAUUCAGUAAUCAAUAUCAUAAGAAGAUCUCUGAUUCUGUUCGCUUGCUAUUAUGGUGGGUGCUGCCAUGUUUCCUUUUGAAGACUGCACGUGAAAUAAUUCGCAUUUUAUAUGUGCAACACGAGUCAUGGUGGCAAUCGGCUGCCAUUUCAUUAGCUUUUGUUUCAUCAUGGACUUAUAUCACUGCAAUUUUUUUGUCGGCCUGUGUUUUGUUCCACCUAGUCUGCAGCUUACAGAUUAUACACUUUGAUGACUAUGUGAAGUUCUUGGAAAGGGAGCCUGAUUGUUUUGUUUUGAUACAAGAGCAUGUUCGCCUACGUUACUACCUCUCAAAAAUUAGCCAUAGAUUUCGAAUCUAUCUUCUGCUGUUGUUCUUAAUUGUCAUUGUGAGCCAUUUUAUGACUCUUUUCCAGACAACUGGUUAUACUGGGCUGAUUACUUACAUCAAUGGUGGUGAUUUUGCAGUCUCCUCGAUUGUUCAGGUUGUUGGGGUGAUCCUUUGCUUGAAUGCUGCAGCAAAAAUAUCCCACAGAGCCCAAGGUAUUGGAUCAAUAGCGAGUAGGUGGCAUGCUUUGGCUACAUGCACUUCUGGUGAAGCGUCACAAAUGAGAAACUCAACUAGCAUGAGUUGCCUGGAAGCUGCCAAUCGAUCUAACUCAUUCUAUAUGAACUUCUCAGAAAGUGAUUUGGAGUCUGUAGAUUUUGUAACAGAACCAACAAAUACACAAUUGGCUUCUUACAUGUCCUCCUAUCAAAAGAGGCAAGCCCUAGUGAUGUAUUUGCAGAACAAUCCUGGUGGAAUAACCAUAUUUGGAUGGACAGUUGAUAGAGGUCUCAUCAAUACAAUCUUCUUCAUUGAAUUGACAGUGGUAACGUUCAUUCUUGGAAAGACCAUAGUUUUUACAGGUCAGUAGGUUCUCAGUGGUUUGCGAAGAUACCUUUCAGAUGAUUAUAUUGGGUUUUCCUAAAUGCUCUAGUAGCAAAUGCUGACACCGUGAUGUACCAUUGAAUGACACCUCAAUCUAUCGGCAAAUGGAAGGGUCUCAACUGAAUCAUUGAUUAUUCAUGAAAUGUGUGUUCCAUUGCUAAAAGCCUGACAGUCAUUUCCACUGCAAACAUAGCCGGUUCUAGGUGCUGUGUUGGCCGUUUCUUCAUUUGGUUAGUUUCAUCCUUAUUGCUCUCUGAAGUUGUCCCCCUUUGUUGGGUUUGAAGAAAGGUGAGGUUGAGAAGUGUUGUAGCAAGUAUGAAAAGGAGGGGAAGGAUGCUUUUCUGCAUUAAGGAUGUAACUUGGCUGGCUGGCUCAAGCAAGAAAAUUAGUGCCCAGGAAAUAUGAGUAUAAACUGUCCUGAUGUUUAUAAAUUAUUUGUAUAUGUCUAGUGUUAAAAGUCCUGUGAUCUUGACAUUUCAUAUAAAUUAUUUGUGUAUGUCUAGUAUUAAAA